AUGUCGUCCACAAGCAGCGAUUCCGACGAAUUGCCAGGUUUUAUAAACCGCGAGGAUGGAAAAAGCAAAGAGAAUACUACAAUUAGUGAAAUCUCCAAUUCAGACAGUUGCGCGGAAACAUCAAAAAUGGAUGAGUCAAGUAAGAUCCAGAAAAACUAUGAUGCAAAGAGCAAUGAAGAUAGCAAUUCGGAAAUCGAAGGAUUUCUUUGCGACCAAAUAUAUGAGUACACAUGUAAAGCGAUUGACCAGAAUAAAACAUUACAAAUUCAUGGAAAUAAUGAGACGUUUCAAAACAGCGAUUGCGAAACGAGGUUUCCCACUGGGUAUCUUAAUAUAUCAUCUGACAGUCAUGAUUCCAUUAAGAAUCUGAAUUCCUCGCGGUCAAAUGAUGAUGCGGACGAACCACCUACAAAACGUGGUAAGAAUUAGUUUAUGAUCAUUUUGUGAAAUACGUUUAGUUUUUCUAGGCAUAGAUGGAUGCUAAGCGAUUUGGAUAUUAAAAUGGUGUAUCAAUAUAUUUUGAUUAUUAUGUUUUGAUUAAGGCAAGAAGCGCUCAACGAUACGUCAACCUUCGGAGCUAGUUAACCAAAGAUGCUGCAGAGAAGAAUGUUUGAUAAUUAAGCUAACAAUACAGCAAAUUGAAUUUAGCAGGACAAAUUUUGUAACUCGUUUCCCUACUUAUGAAGAACAACGACAAUUUCUAAUCGAUUGGUUUACCACUCACGAGUAUACGCCAGGAGAGUUUUCAUAUGAAAUUUCUGGUAUACCUACCUGCUGUACAGCAUGGAGAAACGUACUUGGUAUAACACGGCGAACUUUCCACAGACUUAAGACAGAAUUCAAACAUGGUCUUCGUGUAGCUGACCAUGGGGCAACAGGAACGUUGAAACACAGUUUAAAGUAUGAAUACGUUAGCCUUUUCCUUGAAAAUUAUGUAAUGGAAAAUGGAGAAAAUAUGCCCAACAAUCGUUUCGUUCACCUGUCUUCGUCAAUUACUUGGCGAGACAUAUAUUCAGAAAUGGUUCAAACUCUCACAGCUCAAGGAAAAGAAGUUUGCUCAGAGAAUUACUUUAAUCAAAUCAGAAAACGGGAGUUCAGCCAUGUUAAAAUUCCAAAAGUAAGUGCGAUGUAUUUCAGUAUAGAACUUAUGCACUAGUCAAUUGAAACCCCGGCCCCCCGGGAUAGGCCGGGAUUUAACAGGAAUUUGCGGGGGAAAUACAGCGUUUUAACUAAGCAUCCUUUUUGGAUACCCGGGGUUUAACACUGAUAUAAAAGCCGGGGUAUAAUAGCCGGGGUUUAACACCGUGAGAAAAAGGCCGGGGUAGAAUUGCCGGGAUUUAAGACACGCGUCCACGCUUGAUUUCUUCUUGAAUUCUCUUGGGCAGCAUAGCUGCCGAUCUCUUCCACAGCAUGCCAAGUGAAGUACGCGCGAAAUUAUACAAGUGUGAUUGUACGAAUAUUGCAGAUACUUUGUCUAUGGCCGUUUGUGUAUUUGUUUUUCUUGUUCAUUACGUCUACAGUAUUUAAUACGCCGAAUUAAAAUGUAUAUGUUGUGCUUAAUAUUUCUUGGUUUCAUGCAAUAUUUUAUGGCUUGGUACAAUUAGAAAGAAUUUCGACCCGGCUAGCCGGGUAGUUUAACAAUUGAGCAACAUUUUUAAGCCGGGAUUUUAACACUUGUGAAAUGUUAAAAUUCCGGCCUAUCCCCGGGGGGCCGGGGUUUCAAUUGACUAGUGCAUUAGGUGCAGAAUUAAAAGAUUUUAAAAAAAUUUCAAAAGAAUGUAAAGUAACAUGAAGUUUCUUACAUCCGAAUGAUAGAACUACUACCAUUCAUUGUAUAAUAUAUAAGGAUGACUUUGUCCACUUCUUAACAAAUGUUUCUUUAGGAAAACCGGAUGGGUAAAUGUGACUAUUGCACGAAAAUAAAAGACGAACUGAAAAAAACACGCGAGACAAGGGAGAGGGAGCAAAUAUUGCAAAAACGAAAGCAACACAAAGAGUUAAUGAGGUAAGCUAUUUUCGUGGACUCCACGCGUGUACAAAAUGAUCAUGAAGUAAUUCGGCAACAAUUCGUGGUCUCCGUGCGUGUAUAUAGAAUAAUGAUGAGGGACGUAUGAAUUCAUGCAAAGGCGCAAACGUGUACAGGGCACCGCACGUACAGGGGUGUACGUGCGCAUGAUUGGGCGGACGUCUACGACGACAAAAAUGCAAAAUUUCCUGAGAUGAUGAGAUCUGAUUGGUUUUCAAUUAUCCGGUAUAUAAAAUAAGGCCGUCAGGUAGACAAUCAUUAUAACAUACCGUUUACAGUUUUCACAAAGGAAAAACGACUGAUUUUCUUGAACUAUAUAGCUUUUACGGAAAGUAAUUUAUGCAUACAAGUAACAGUUACAAAUCCACUAUACAGUACAGGCCAUUUUAAUUCACUAAUUUGCUGUCGGUAUUUAAUGGCUUAUUGCUCUCAUUAUUCUUUAUCAAACUAAUUGAAAUUUUGCAAUUAUGCUUAGUUAUGAGAACUAAGUCAGUAGAAAUUUGGAACCGAAAUAAAGAGAUAUUUAGUUGUUUCAAUAAAAAAAAUGGAUUUCUAUUUGAAAACUAGUUCCAGUCCUUUUCUGUGUUUUCAGAUGCCUUCAGUAAUGGUAAUAUGGAGACUAGCUUUAGACUUUAGUGAAAUCAAAUUACUUCAAAUAUAUUAAUUUGAUUUUAACCCCCCCUUUCAUUCAAUUACCAUGAAAAAUUCAAUACCCCCCCCCCUAUUAGCUUUUGAUUUAUACCUAUGACCCUACCUUUUUCCAGCCCCCCUUUUAUACAUAAUGACCGGUCCCUAUAAACAUGGGUUUUUAGUACGGAUUUUUUUAACAAAAUUGUACGACGAUUUAUACUUUUUAUUAUUUUUUUUCUUUUAUUAAUAUUAUAUUACCAGAGCGGAGCGAAAAUGCUACCACGAAAGAGCUGCUAAAGGACACCAGUCACCACAUCAAUUUUUCUCCAUGGCAAUUGAUGGAAUGGAUCAAAACAAGACCGAGCUACCGUACUCAAAACUUUGCUACAAAGGUAUUGAUGGAGCGACAAAAUUGAGGGUGCAUAUUGUUGCAUCUAUGAUUCAUGGGAGACCACCCUUACUGUUUUUGGAUUGGCGCCAGUUCAGGCACGACAGCAAUCUAACGAUGAAUAUUAUACUGCAG